AUGUGGUGGGGGGGCCGGGGCCAGAGUUUCAACAUCGCCCCCCAGAAGGAGGAGCCAGAGAUGGGGCACUCUGGACCAAAGUUUGUCCAGAGGACUGGGAUGCUGGAGCCCAGGAGUCGGCAGCUUGACGGUCACGUGGCCUCUGGAUGCCUCCCAGGGGAGCAGAUCCUAGCAUGGGCCCCAGGGGUGAGGAAGGGGCUGGAACCUGAAUUGCCUGGAACUCUGAUCUGCACCAACUUGAGGGUCACCUUCCAGCCCUGUGGAUGGCAGCGGAGUCAGGAGACUCCCCUGAGCAGCGAAUAUGAUUUUGCCCUGGUCAACAUUGGGCGAUUAGAGGCUGUGAGUGGCCUGUCCAGAGUCCAGCUCCUCCGUCCAGGGUCCCCACUUAAAUUUAUCCCUGAGGAGAUUCUCAUUCAUGGCCGAGACUUCCGGCUGCUCAGAGUUGCUUUUGAGGCUGGAGGACUAGAGCCUCAAGCCUUUCAGGUAACCAUGGCCAUUGUCCAAGCCAGAGCUCAGAAUAGUCAAGUUCAACAGUAUGCAGGGAUACCCCUGAGCAAGGCUGGCCAGAGUUCAGGGUCCAGAAAACCACCUGUUCCCCUCUUGGAGACAUCAGAAGACUGGGAGGCUGAGCGGAAAAAGCAGGGGGCCGGGGGCUGGAGGGUCAGCACCGUCAAUGAGAGGUUCGACAUAGCCACCAGCCUCCCCCGUUACUUCUGGGUCCCUAAGCGAACCCUGGACAGUGAAGUCAGGAGAGCCUUUGGCCACUUCCAUCAGGGCCGUGGACCGCGUCUGUCCUGGCAUCACCCUGGGGGCAGUGAUCUUCUCCGCUGUGGUGGCUUCUAUACAGCCAGCGACCCUAACAAGGAGGAUAUCAGAGCAGUGGAGUCGAUGCUUCAGGCUGGGCAUUCAGAUGUUGUCCUGGUGGACACCGUGGAUGAGCUGCCUAGUCUUGCAGAUGUCCAACUUGCCCACUUGAGGCUGAGGGCCCUCUGCCUGCCUGAUUCAUCUGCAGCUGAGGAGAAAUGGCUCUCAGCCCUGGAAGGAACACGAUGGUUGGAUUAUGUCAGGUCUUGUCUUCGAAAGGCCAGUGACAUCUCAGUCCUAGUGACAUCCAGGGUUCGCUCUGUAGUACUACAAGAGCGCGGUGAUCGUGAUUUCAAUGGCCUCCUCUCUUCACUCGUCCAGCUGCUUUCAGUCCCUGAAGCCCGAACACUGCUUGGCUUCCAAUCACUAGUGCAGCGAGAGUGGGUGGCAGCUGGACACCCCUUCCUGACCCGACUUGGGGUAACUGGAGCCAGUGAAGAGGCUCCAGUGUUUCUCCUCUUCCUUGAUUGUGUCUGGCAGCUCCUCCAGCAGUUUCCAGCUGAGUUUGAAUUCUCAGAGUUUUUCCUUCUUGCUCUUCAUGACAGUGCCAGGGUUCCUGACACCCUCACAUUCCUGAGAGAUACUCCCUGGGAGCGUGGAAAACAGGGUGGACAGUUCAACUCCUAUACACAAAUCUAUAACCCAGGGUACUGCCAACUCCCUGCUGGGAAUUCUGUUAACUCGCAGCUAUCUGUCUGGGACUGGGAUUUACGCUACAACAGUGAACAGAUACUACAAUUCCAUAAUCCUGGCUAUGACCCAGAACACUGCCCAGAUUCCUGGCUUCCCAGACAGCAGCCAAGCUUCAUGGUUCCUGGACCCCCCAGUUCUGUGUGGCUCUUCUCCAGAGGGGCCCUGACUCCCCUCAAUCAGCUCUGUCCUUGGCGGGACAAUCCUUCCCUGCUGGCAGUCUCUUCUCGUUGGCUCCCUCGAGCAGCUAUCUCCUCUGAAAGCCUGGCUGAUCAGGAGUGGGGGCUCCCCUCACAUUGGGGGGCUUGCCCUUUACCCCCGGGGUUGCUGCUGCCUGGAUAUCUGGGACCCCAGAUCAGGCUGUGGAGACGCUGCUACUUGAGGGGAAGGCCUGAGGUCCAGAAAGGCCUCUCAGCUCCCACAAUCUCUGGCCUCCAGGAUGAGCUAUCCCAUCUUCAGGAGCUUUUAAGGAAAUGGACACCAAGAAUAUCUCCUGAGGAUCAUUCCAAGAAAAGAGACCCAAAUACCAUUCUCUCCCAAUCCCGCUGA